AAUCCGCAAACGGCGGCCGCUCAGUCGUCGAGCGGAGUUCGUCGGCACUGGUCGGUUUCGUGUCCGGGAGCUGCUUUCUCUCUUUCCGAUAUCGUGACGUAUUGCAGCUCCGGUCGCCUUCGACGCGCAGCCAUUUCGGGAGUUCGUAGUGAAUCCGUGGGUGCGUUUGCGACGGUCACGAACGGCACCGGCGGUUGCGGAUUAAAAUAGCGUUCGUUAUCAUCGCAACCUCGAACGGCGAGACGAGAUAGCGCGAGGUCGGCGGCACCUGCGCGCCGCGCCCCACGUGCGCGUCCGCUGCAGCCGACAAUUAGCAAGUGGUAACCACUGGAGCACUCGCUGUCCCCUCUGCUCCUCUCUAUCUCUCGGGCUGGCUACCACUCUAGAAUUGUCUGGACUUUGCGCAUUCUAGAACAGAUAUAAAGCAUUCUUACCGGUAAACGACCCUCGCUAACGCACCCUUAUAAAUUUACGCAAUUUUGUGUGCAGGUGAUAUGUUAAAAAGUGAAUAAAAUAGCAAAUUAAAUAUAUAUAUAUAUAUAAAUAAUUUGACUAUGUGAGUUAUUAACAUUGAAUUUGUAACAAUGAGGACUAGUGAAGUGCGAAUUUAAAAAUUAUUGUGCCGAAAAAAGGAUGGGUAUAUUCAUGGAAAUUAAAGCCAAUUUGGUCACUGCCAGUUACCGGGGACGUGGUGCUGAGCCGGAGCUAUAUGACACAAUGAAUGCGCCCAGGGAGGCCUUCUACUCAGACACGCUACAUACUAUUGCUAUAAAUACUAGGGAAACAGAAUUUGGCAGUAUAGUUGAGCCGAUCCCUAUUAUGCUAAAGACUUAUCAACAAUUUCAACAAAACGGUCACAAUAUUAACGGCUAUGGACACCCGCAUCCAGUAAUAGCUUCUCUAACAUCUGCACCCCUGUCACCAACGACUGAAAAUCCUUCCACAUCGACCACUCAAAGUCCGGUUAAAGAAGAAGCGAAGGACACGCAAAAAAUUGCAAGACCUCCUAAAAAGAAAUGGAUCAAAGAGUAUUUGGAGGAGGAGCCUAAGUCGCCGGUGUCCGUGCGACUGACAGGAGUGUCAGUGACGCGUAGUAAUGGCGUGGUGCGGCCGACGUCGCCGGUGCCGGUGGUGCCCCCUGCGCCUGUGCCUAUCGCGCCCCUCGCGCCGGUUCCUAUACCCGCUGUACCGCCCUCCGCGCCCCUCGACUUCGUACAAGAACAUUCCAGGUCGCGUAAUACAAAUAAUAGUCAUGGACCACCACAAAUACCAUCUCCCCCAUCAGUCAGCAGUAGUGGCAGCGGAAGCGGUAGCAAUAGCGGUAGCAUCGGUAGUGCGCCUCGAGCCGGUACGCGGGAGGUCCACAAUAAGUUGGAGAAAAACCGCCGCGCCCAUCUUAAAGAAUGUUUCGAACUCCUUAAACGUCAGUUGCCCGCUACACCAGACGAUAAAAAAACUUCCAAUUUAUCCAUUCUUGGCUCAGCCAUUCGUUACAUUCAGGUGCUUCGUCGAAAGGAGCGCGAAAGCGAACACGAGAUGGAACGACUGGCUCGCGAAAAGAUUGCAGCCCAACAGCGACUCGCCGCGUUAAAGCGAGAAAUCUCUGUUCGUGCCACAUUACGCCCAAAUAGUAUCGAAGCUGUUUCCGAAGAAAAUGAUAGGGACGAUCGUGUUAAUGGGCAGGUACUGGGAAUUCCUGUAAGUAUUUCGUCUUCGCCGCCGCGUUCUGCAAUUCGAAUGGAUUCCUCUCCACCUCGCACACUAAACCUUAGCACGAAGCUGCGCACGCUGCCGAUACAAAUUACUCCUACAACUUCACAGGUCGUGAGAACGUCGUACGGUACAAGACAUAAUACCCUUACUCUUACGACGAUUGCACCAGCAGAGCCUUCGUUGCAGAAUGGUCAAGAAGUCAAUGGCGUAACAAAUGCUUUGAAUAAUAUAAUGCAUCCAGCUCAAAUUCAUCUCCCUUUAUCCCAAGUGGUUAGUAGCGGCGGUCUCGUGGUAGGGCCGGCAGCACUACAGCUGUUGUCAGCGGGCGGCGGUCUGCGAGUACUACAAGCGCCGUCUUUUCACACCAACGGCGUAACCACAGAUACCAAUAAGGUUUCUAAAGAGAAUGGCAUCGUGACGCCCCCACCGACGUCAACAGAAGGAAGCGUCUUGGUCGGCGGCUUGACUCCUCUCGUAGUGUCGCAGCCGGGGCAUUUAUUGCAAACGCACACACUCACACAUAAGAUGGUAGAAACCCAGAUGGUGAAAGGUAGUGUUGCGCCAUUGACAGUUAGCGCGCAGUAUUUAAGCGCCACCACCAUCGUCAAACCCGUGGUGGUAGUGUCCAGUGCAUCGCCUUCCACGUGACCUCCGCGCGAACUCUGAACGCCUAGUACACGCUCACUUUGAUAAUGGUCUUCAUUUAAAAUAAAAUAAAAACCACAUUUUGGUGUAAAAUUUUGUUGACAUCGCAACAGAGAAUAAAAUAAAUAUUUACAAUUAGUACUUGGUAGCCAGUGAAAGUCACGAGGAUUCACUCUAAUUGGUUUAGACUCAUUACGGCAUAUAAACAUUAGUAUACUAAUUAAUACAUAUUCCACUUUCAAUCUUCAUUCAAUCUACUUCGAUUUCACAUUACAUUGAAAUGUAAUGAUGAGUCAAAAAAUGCAGGUUUUUUUAAAGUAUUAUUUUUAAGUUAACAAUUGCUACAAAAUUUUACGCCAAUGAUAUUAUGAAUUUAUAUCAGCAAAAAAUAUGCUUAUAUUAUACAAAGCAUUUUCAUCGGUGCGCGAUCGAAAGAUGCGUUUCGAGAUGAUUGUCAGAAACGUUUAAUCACUGCCUAAUUUCCAAGCAAUAAUUCGAUGUAUGGACUUCUUGAGUGUGACACGUUUAACGAUGUGUUUAUCUGUAUAGUUUUAGUCAUUCUACAACAGAGUAGACACAUUUAUUAUUCGACAAUACGAUCGCCACUGACAGUAAUCUUUAGUUAAUUGCGUGAUGCGCGUACACAGUGUUCAGUUAUUUAAGACAGUGUCAGCAAAGUGAAGUGUGUGAUGGACGAUUUGCGAUGGUUUUUAUGCGUAUCAUCCGGCCAAACUGUUGAAGUAGUGUAGGUACAAUUCACUUUAUAUUUUUCUACAAGUAACAAAUUCCAUGUGAUUGUACAGAGCGCUACGAGUGUAAAGAUAUAAUUUAAUUAUUAUUUAUUUAUUUAGAGCCAGUAAAAUAGGGAGCAAAUUUUUAUAUGUAUCAAAACUGGAAUAUAUUUUGGAGCCGAUUGGAUAAUCAAUAGAUGUGGUUGUAAAGAAUAUGUUCCCCAUGAUACUACUACUCCGCUCAGACAGACAUCUGUCAUAAAUCUAUGAAUUUCUACAAAUUAUUCAUUUUAUUCGAAUAACGUGUAGUUUUUCAUUAGAUGUCAUCUGUAAGGAGGUCUAUACAAUUAACAUACUGUAAAUAUAUUUAGAUUUAGGCUAAAAUGUACUUGUUAUGUAUAGAUUAACAAGAUAAAAGUUUAUUUUUUCUAUAUAUCUGUGAUGUGUGCAGUUUAGCUACUGUAGUACUGGAAAUUCUGUACAAAGAUUCUGUCUUUAGAUGUUGUCAAUUUUUAAUAAUCGCGUGUUAUUAAUAUAUAAAAAAGUCAAUAAAUAAGGCGUAAAUAAUUUAGGUUCAAAAUGAAUAAUGUGGCUUAUAUGUAUGUGAAAGAAAAUACAUCAUUUUGUGAUAAGUAUAUAUGAUGAAGUACCAGGGAUUAAUAAAUUAGAAGGCUGUGAUUCGCACAAGCGUUUCGGCUAUCCGGAAUAUGUAAGGAUAAGAUACACUUGUCCGGAAUUGUGAGAAUAUUCAGUAAAUUAUUGUAUGCCGUCGCGAUUUAAUGCAUCAUAUACCCUGUAGUAACCUUUGCGGUUGUUUAUUCGAUAAUACUUAAAUUGUUUCAUGUCGGUAUGCAAUAGCAUUCAUUAAAUUAGCCGGCGCUGGGUCAGGUCCCUUGGCCGUCCGAAUACAGUGCCUAUAUGAUUUUUAAAUUCUAAAAAAUGAAAUUUUAAAAUAAUGACAUCGUUGAUAUAAAUAAUGUUUUUUUUUGUGAGAUAGAACAUUCAAAAUGUUUUUCAGCUUUAUCAAAUAAAUAAUUAAUUAGUGACACAUAAAUGAUUACAGAAUUGUAUUUCUUUCAUAUUCUUUCACUUCCUUUGCCUGCAAAAAAUAUAUAAUUAGCGGACAGUAUGGUGCCUAAUGUAUUUUACGUCUUCAACAUUACAUUGUAAGGACAGUUGGAAAAAUAAGAGCUUUGAGUUAUUAUUUAAGAAUUCAUAAGUCCAUUUUGAUGAUAAAGCGCGAUUACAGAUUUUUCAGUUAUGUUGUGUGCAAUAUUGAUAAAAUAAAAUAUAGAUUUUUUUUAUUUCUUCGAAACUGGAGAAUAUUAUUUGAAAUGGAAAUUAAGUAAAAUAUUUACAUCCUACUAGAGCAACAUGAAAUAAUGGAAAAUGACGAAUCAUUUUGUGUCAUGUUUGUUUCACACCUAUUCGUAAUAUUUUAAGCAAAUUAUUAAGACUCCAGAAGUUUAAUUUAAAUUGAUUUUAUCGUAACGAUAAGGAUUACAAUUGUACUACAGAUAUCAAGUCUAGAACUGGAACAAAGAAUCUGAGCUAAGUAAGUUUCAGGUUUUCUAAGUUUGUUUUAAACAUUUCGUAAUUUUAUGUUGCAGUUUCAAAGUAUCUUUUAUAUUUAUUAAUUUCAUAAAAAUAACGAACAAUAAGUUUAGAAUCCCGCUUUAGUAAAAUAUGUAAAGGAAUCCAAUAUACGAUUUUUCUGAGCUUCUGAAGUGAUGUCUCUUUGCCUAAUAAUAAUAAUAAUAGUAGAUAUGAAAAUUGUAUAAAUAUUAUAAUUUAAGAGAGAAUUUAUUUUAAUUUUAUUAAUAUUGCGAAGCGAAUGCUCAUGUAAAUACAAUGAUGUAGUGUAUAAAAUUCUAAUAUGUUAGUAAUACAGGAAAUUACAUAUUUA